AUGGCUACGCCAAGGCUCCCAUUUCUGUAUCCGAAUUUGAUGCGCGCUGUUCGGUCAUGUGAACCGAGCACAUAUCGUUCCUUACGAUUCCCAUACCCUCCCAAUCGCCGUUUCCAUAUCAGUCGCCGGCAUGAGCGCGAAGCCUACCAGCGACGCUAUGGUCCAGCAGUCGAGCCCAGUGUUCCCGCAGCGUCGCGACUAAAGAAAUCUUCAUCUGAUCAGAUUCCGGAAGAAAUUCCAGCGCAGAAUGAGAGUCAGGAUGCCUCCGAGCAGGAGGGAGCUUCUCCGGAGGAAUCACAAUCGGACCCACCCCAAGACAACCAGGACGCGGCCAACAGCUCUUCCUCUGCGAGCCCAAACUUAGAUCAGCAAGAAUCGAUCGAAUCGAAGAAAGACGAUCCUCCGACAGAUCGAGAGCCACACGAAGAGUCGGCGGCAGAGGAGCAUUCCGAGCAGGACCAGGCCUCGGCUUCGUCAACAUCCACUUCUGGGAACCCGCCUGAAGAGAAUACCGAAUCCUCUCCAUUCUCCGGCCAAACACCAUUCGAUGAAGUCCUUCAUAUGCCCUCGCCGUCCGUCUACCUCACCCCUUCCGGGGAACACUCUUCGUCUGACGAUCGCCCGCCACAUCUUUCCCCGGCACCCUAUGUACACCAUUUCGAUACGUACUCCUUGGUCCAGGAUCUUUCUAAAGGAGGUUUCAGCAAUGAGCACUCGACUACCAUUAUGAAGGCCGUGCGGGCCAUUUUACAAAACAAUCUAACUCUUGCGAACGAGAGCCUGACUUCCAAAUCUGACGUUGAAAACGAGGAGUAUUUGUUCAAAGCAGCGUGCUCUGAGCUACAGUCAUCACUUCAAACAGCCCGUAACUCCGAAGUGCAACAUCAGCGCUCAUCACGUACACAACUGCAACACGACACGGACAUCAUUUCGCAGCGUCUCAGCCAGGAACUGGCGGGCAUGAGAGAUGAGAUUAAGGGCAUGUUCAACGACCAUAAGAUGAUUACCCGCGAACAGCAGCGGAGUAUCGACACCUCCGUUCAGGAAUUAAACUACAAGAUCACUGUUUCGCUUAACAGUGAUGGAAAGAGCGAGAUUGAAGGCCUUCGGUGGAUUUUGACACGACGUGCAGCUUUGACCGUCGCCAUUUGUGCCUUCAUGAUCAUUGUUUUCCUGAAGUACGCCUCCACUCUUAAGGUUCAUGAACCCGCAAAGGUCAAGGAAGUGGAGAAGCCCGUUGUCACCAAAGAAGUCGCUACGGAAACCAGGGUGGUCCAUGAUAAUGAUACAACGACUAUCCCGUCAACUUCGGAAGCCCACCUAGGCGAGUCCCUUGGUUGA